AAGUCACUUCCUGUCCAGUCCUAGCAACACAAACAAGAUGGCGGCGCCAGGCGGAGAAAUCGAGGAUGUUCGCGGGAAAACGAACCCUGAGUCCGGGAAACUGGAGUUCUCUCUGGACGUCCCUUUCCCGACGUCUCGAGAAGCCCACAUCGCUCUUUGCUCUCUGUCCCCGGACAGAGAGCCGAGGAAAGGUGGCAUCACCAAACACCUCUCUGUGUCCGGCAGCACGUUGUCAGUGAGGUGGAGCGCAGACGAAGCUCGAAUCCUCCGAGUGUCUGUGAACUCGUUUCUGGAUCAUCUGUCGCUCGUUGUCGAGACCAUGCAGAUGUUCGGCCCCCCCGUUUCCCAGUGAAGCUUCUCUACUGAUUCACGACUCUCUGUCUUGGAUCUUGGACUUUUCAACUUGACUCAGGUGCGACACCUGGAACAAUUCAAACUGAAGUUUGACAAAAGACGUUUGAGCGACUGGCAGAUUCAAAUCUGUGUCUAGAGGUUUGACUGGAGUUGAGUUUCUUUUGUAAAGAUCAGCUCCAGACAUGUUUCAAUCAAGUCAAUUCUUUUUGUGUCAUUUUUGUUUCUCCAAAAAACAUUUGAUAAAAAGACAGAAAAUUA